AUGAGAGUACCAACAGACAUUAGUGUAGCUAAACGUGGAGAAUUAGCCAGAGAGUUGGUGUUGACACAAUCAACUAGAAUUUUGGGGAUUUCCAAAUUUGAGUUAAGAUUACUUCGUUUUUUUGAUGAACGUUGUAUUGAAUUGUUUACAUAUGGCAAAGACCAAGCAGUGCACAAGAUGAUGAAAGAACAGGUUCCAUAUUUAUUCCUACAAAGUGAUCUCGUAAGAAAAAGUAUCUUCUGUCUUUCAGCAAUGGCAUUGUCUUCUAUUGUGGAUUUAGAAGUAGCACAAAAGAUUGAUAUUUUGGAAGAUGAAAGAUCAUUACGACAUGUCUACAGCGUCAAUGAAAGGGAUCCCAAUAGUUUGUAUUGCAAGAAUCUUGAAUACUUUAUUGGUGCAAUUACAUGCACAAGGAAAUUACUUGAAGCACAUACUCAGGGUUCGUUUAAAGCUGAAAAUCCGUACAAUUUUGAUGUUGCAAAACAAUUAACUAUUUCAAGUAUAUUAAUAUUUUGUUACAUGGGAAUAACUCCCCAUAAAUUAGUACCCAUAAUAGAUUUCUCCAAAGAAUCACCAGAUAUGAUUCAGGUUGCCAAGGGUAUGAGAGAAGCAGUGGAAACGUGGUUUCCAGAAGUUUUGCAAAGUGAAGUAGGACCAAUAUUGAGACAUCAACCUAUGAUGAAUCUGCAAACUCCAACUUUGAAAACCUGUACCUAUCCAAUAAUUGUCAAUUUAAAACGUGGACUUCAAGAGUACUACAGCACCAAUGAAAUUAGCUCAGAUAUUUCUGAAGAGAUUGAGUACUUGGAAGAAGCAUUAAAUUUACUCCUUGUCUGUAUUUACAGUUGUAAAAGUUUGGAGCUUCCACUGCCAAUAUAUCGAUUUUUAUUUUUACUAUCGGAUGGUAUAAGGGAUUUACUUUACAAGAAACAUAAGUAUGCUCUUCGUAUAUUGUUUAUUUAUUCAGCGUUAUGUGCAAUCGCAAAAUGUUGUUUUAACUUACCCACAAAUGUAUACCGAGACUUUAUGUUAUGGUAUAGUAAAGAAGGGUAUUUGGUUUAUGAAAUGGAUAGUAAGUUGUAUGAUGCUGUAUUUUUUGAAAAUUUUGGAGGAAUAGAUUUCUAUCAGUAUGAUACUUUAGAUCCAAAUAAUAUAUAG